UUAGCAACAUGUGUGUUCUGUCAGGUGACAUUCACACCAACCUUAGGUGCCUUUUCUUUUCUUUUUUUGUGUCACUUGUUGCUCUUCAAUUUUUUUAUUUUGGAUUAUUUUGAAGAGGAAUUUUUGUUUAUUGACACAUCUGGGCAUCCACAAACUCUAGCUCUUUGUUUUCAGCUCCUAAUCUAAUGGCUUCAGCCUGGUCAGAAGAGGAGGCCUUCAUCUGCUCAGUAUGCCUGGAAACCCUAAAGGACCCGGCCACUCUGCCUUGUGGACACUCAUACUGCUUGGCUUGUAUCCAGAGGCACUGGGACAAGGGAAUCAGCAAGGGCCAGUACAGCUGCCCCCAGUGUAGGGUGGUCUUUAACCCACGGCCUUCGCUGAGUAAGAGCACUGUCCUUGUGGAAGCCAUGGAGAAGCUAAGAACCAACAGCUUCAAGCAAAGCUCCUCAGCAGUGGCCUCCAGUGCUCCACCAUCCAUUCCUUUGUACCUGGAGGUGCUGCCUGAUGUUGGAACACGACCGGGCAGUGUGUACCCACAGCUGCCCACUUUGGCCCCCAGGCUCUGCCCUCAACACAACCAACCCCUAGACCUGUUUUGCCAUGAAGACAAAGACUGUGUGUGUGCAGUGUGUUGCCAACAUGAACACAAGGGACAUCAUGUGCUAAAAGCAGAGGAAGAAAGGCGAGAGAGACAGAGAGAACUUGUCCAAAUGCAGGAAGAAGUACAAGGAAGACUUCAGCAGACUGAACGGAAACUUAAGGAGCUCCCUCAUUCUGCUCGUCAACACAAGGCUUUGGUCCAAGCUUUGCAGCAAGAAAACACAGAUUUAUUCUCUGAGUUAGUCAAGACUGUUAACGUCACAGGAAGCCAUGUUGGUGAGCUUCUCAACAGCCAUGAAGCUGCUUUAGGAAGCCAGAUGGAAGGAAAAAUCCAAAGACUAGAACAGGAGGUGGCACAGCUUCACUGGAGGAGUGAAGAGUUGGGCAGAUUGGUGAACAUGCAGGAUCAUAUCUGCUUUUUGAAGAACUUUUUCACCAUGGAUCCACUGGGUCAGACUGAUGCCACAGGAGAAUCGAUACUCAGUCACGAAGAAGGAGUGGUCGCAUCCAUCCGUUCAGUCAUCAAAGAACUACAAGAUUCAGUACAGGAGCUCUGCAAAACCAGCCUGACCAAGAUCACCACAUUAGUCAAUGAUAGGUCCUCAGCUUCAACUACAAGUGAUGAAACACCAGCAACAACUGAUUCCAACGGUCCGACUGACAGACAAAGCACAGUGUAUGAAAUGGUAACAAAUCCCCCUCCUUUGCCAUUAAGACUGCCUCAAGAGAAUCAUGCUUCGGUCAAACCUCCAGCUGUACCUCCACCAUGUCCCCCAGCUUCGGCUCCUCCACCACCGUUGCCUCCUCCGCAUGCUCAAGCAUCUCCAGGAACAACAGUGGGACCUGUGAAUCCAGAACCCAAGACCAGAGAAGAAUUGCUUAAAUUUCGCUUUGAACCCACCAUGGACCCCAACACUGUGUAUCGCCACCUGCAGUUGUCAGACAAAGGAUAUAAAGCCAAGCUGCGGGCUGAGAACCUGAAUCCUCCAGAUCAUCCUGAACGCUUCCACUUCUGGAGACAGGUUCUCUGCAGAGAGCCCUUGGCAGGCAGCCCUUACUACUGGGAGGUGGAAUGGACUGGCCAGAAGAUCACCAUCGGCGUGGCCUAUAAGGAAAUGGAGAGGAAGACUUCUGAUGACAAAAGCCGUUUAGGCCACAAUCCCCUGUCCUGGAGCUUGUACUGGUCUGGGACUGGAUUCUCUUUCUGGCACAAUGGCCAAGAAAAACUGCUCGGUUCACCCAAAGCCACACGGGUCGGGGUCUAUCUGGACCAGCAUGCAGGGAUUCUGAGCUUUUACCGCAUUACAAACGACCGAGCUGACCUCAUCUAUCGACAUCAUACAGAGUUCACGGGACCACUAUACCCAGGGUUCAGGUUCUGGGCAGGAUCCGGGGCUACAGUCACCAUUUGCCAGUUGGAUUAAGUUGUUUGUGGACGUCGGUCAAACUUGUUUAUAUAGUUUACUUGUUUGCGUAAGAUCCAUUUGAUGCUUUGACAUUUUUGUUGGAGGUUAUUCUCAGAGAUGACUGUAGUUCACGGUAUUGUUUUUUGUAUGCAUUCAUGUGUAUCCUUCUAAAAAUAUAUACACUAUUGCCCAUGAAAUUCUAAGGAACUAUUUUUAUCUCUUGUGAAAUGAUUGUUACAAUGUGAUCUAUUCAUGAUGGAUAAAGUGUAACUGGAACUCAAUAUGUAAUCAUUGUACCUGGUCAAAGGUGAUUACUGAAUACUGAUGUGUAUAAAUCAGAAUGAAAAGAGGAAUGGAUCUGAAAACUCAAUUAUUCCAACUUUAUGGGCAACACUGUAUUUUCUAACAAUCCAAUAAAAGAUCAAUAAAGUCAAAAAUAAUAAAUCAUCUGUUUUUUUCCCUACAUAUUACAUGUUUUUUCCACGUAUAGAACCUCUCUUCAAGCAU